GGCCUAAGAUUUUUGGCUUCAUUCUAUUAUUUUGACAUUUCGAUGUCAACCGCUACGUAUUUCUUUGAUAAAAGUCGACUUCUCUCAAUUUUUCAUAACGUCUCUGCUUUUUCCACUCGAUUAUUAAAGCACAGAGUCGAGUGGAAGACAGUUUGCGCAAAAAUAUGAGGAUGUACCCCAGGAAUUCCACGAGAACCAUGUGACACGAAUACGAAAAAGGGCUUCCAGACCGUCAAUGUGACAGAAAUGUUUUCUGCCAUCUCGACGAGCCAGCGCUACUGCGGAGCCGAUACGACCUCGACGCGAGAUAAACGAACGGCGAUAUAGUCAAGAGCGUCAAAAAUGUGCGCGAGAUGGCCAGUCCACCACCGAACCCAAGGGAAGGCAAGGGGGGCGGCUCCGAAUUCGCGGAGGAGACGGGAAGCCAACGUGCGACCGCCCCGCAGAAGACGUUCAUAGCGCCGCCUGCCUCCCAGCUGCCCACGAAGCUGGAGUUCGUCGCGCGCGGGGGCACCGGCCGCAGCGUGAAGCACACGUUCCGCACCGUGAAGGUCGCGCGGAGAGUGCCCACGCUGCCGCCCAAGAGGAGCGAGGGCGCGUCGGGCGCCAGCGGCUCGGGCUCGGGGGAGGGCGCCGGCCAGCCCGCGCCGGAGCGCCGCCGCCGCGACCGCGGCAAGCGCCACGUCUGCGGCACCUGCGACAAGCGCUUCUCCAGCCCCGGCAAGCUCAGCCAGCACAUCCUGUCCCACACCGGUGAGCUCCCCUUCUCUUGUGAAUUUUGUGACAAGCGAUUCAAUUCUAAAUUCAAACUCGUACGCCACGGUCUCAUUCACAGCGAGGCUAGAGCCUUCGCGUGCACGGUCUGUGGCAAAACUUUCAAUCGUAAAGACCAUCUUACGAAUCAUGUAAGGGUGCACAACCCUGUCAAAAAUUUGUAUACUUGUGAAAGGCCCGAUUGUAGAAAAUCAUAUACAUCUUUGCUAAGCUACCGCAAGCAUGCUGCUCUUCAUUCUGCCGAAGAGGGUAAUUUACAAUGUAAGAUCUGUGAUGAAGUGUUCAGUACAAAACAAGAUAUUAUUUAUCAUCUCAAAGUUCAUACCGGGAGUCGAACUGUUAAAAGUGAGACAGAUAAAAAGUAUACAUGUGAUCAUUGUGAUAGAAGAUUUUUCACCGCAAAAGAUGUACGCCGGCACAAUGUAGUACAUACAGGCAGACGGGAUUUCCUGUGUCCCUACUGUCCUCAAAAAUUUGGGCGGAAGGAUCAUCUGGUUAGGCAUGUUAAGAACGCUCAUCCAGAAGAGUCAUGGAAAUCUGCAGCAGUGGGGACUUCAAGAGAUCCACCUCCUGAAGUUACCUUUGAGGAAAGCUUCACAGAUUUUCCCAUUGCCACACCUGAAUUUGGAAUCUGGAAACCACCAUCGCCAAAACAGGAGGUUCCAGACGGUAGAACUAGUGUGCCUGCCUGUGACAUAAUUGUAGAAAUGCCUGAAUUAGAUAUAAAAGUGGAACCACAGUUAGAUAUUAAAAUAGAAGAGCCACCAUCGCCAGGUGAAAUGCUAGAGUACCCCGUGGUAUAUGUGGUGCCACCUUCGUACCCUCCAACGCCAUCUGACUUGCCGUUUAUAACACAGCAAUUAAGUGAUACAAUGGAUGUGCAUUUGCUCGGUUCAGAAAACGUUGGGUCGUUGCUACUGGACCCAGGGGAAGGACCAUCCGGCCUGACGAGGGAGAUGUUAGAUCUGUUAGAGGAGAACGAAGCGACCUACUCGAGUGAAGAAGGCACCAGUCGCAGUCAGCAACGGUUGCCCGCUUUCACGCAAGCAUUUCAAACAGCGCAAAGCCCCAAGCCUCCGCCUCCGCCCCCGCCUCACUAGCGUCGCCGUCACCGGCGCAUCUCCUGCAUUUAUAAACCAAACUACCUCAUAGGUAACGUUGGUCUAAGUAAUAGUCCAAGGAAUCGUGUUUACGAUUCGUUUUUAAACCACUGUUAUCUAAUGGCACAUGUUGCCCCAUCUCAGGUAUACCGUUUCCGAAUUCUACAUGAAUAUAUUAUCUAGUCGUGUAUGUACUUUCGGAAUUGUAAAUUGUUAUUUAUAAGGUACAUGUAUGACGUUUAUGGAGUAUAAAUGGGACCAACUCUGUGAACUCGGGAGAGUAGGAUAGUUCAUGAAGUGCUAACUACUUUAAGGAUAUAAUUUAAGUAAAGAGAGGAGGAUUUGUAUGAAGGCAUAUGACUCUCGAAGGCAGUGAAUUGUAUAAUAUGUUUUAGAGAGGUUCACUGUUUUCUGCGCGAUAAUACAACAGAGAGUGUGUGUCUUAUAGGAGAGUAAUAGUUGGGUGACAACAUCAGAUCUGUUCAUAGAAUGCAUUACGACCUACCGUGUUGUGUCCAGAGUAAUCACUUGUAAACAUUUACUUCAUUAGUUACAAUGGUUUCACUUAUGUUCUGUUAUUUGGAAUGUUUUGAAAUCAUCAAUCAGAUUGAAACUAUAUUCUUACCUCAGAAGCGUUGGCUUCCUUAGUUUUUAAGACAGAUUUUUGGGUCUUCGAAAAUACAAUAUGUAAAAAUUGAAUGUGCCAAAAUUCAUAUUUGCUAUUAUUAUUGACAUUGCGAUCCAUACGCAAUAUUAUGGCUCUAUAUGUCUUAUUGAUUCUUUUUAAGUGUUCAUCUAAACGACAAUCCCAAAUUAUACAUUUCUAUUAAAUUUUAUUAUCUUUGUUACAUAUUUGUGUUAUUAGGUGCCCUGCAUUUAUUACAAAAGAGUUGUAAUACAAAACGAACACUUUACCUCAAUAAAUCCUAAUUUUUAUAUACAUAUUAAUUUUAAAUGUAGAUACAUAUUUUUGGAAAUUGUAUUAGCUAAGAAGUUAGCUAUGUGUUGUAUAAUAACUAUAAUUGUUGUAGUUCUGAUUAAUUUGUUGCAAAACAUACAAUAUGUAUUUAUGUACAUGUUUUGUGUAUUUUAAUGUGUGACGUCUAAUAUAAACAAUUGUAUGAGAGAUCCAAUGUUGUACACACUUAUUAUUAUUGAAUAUGUAAAUAAUUCUAAUCUUUUAGGUUAAUAGGACUGUAAAAAAUUAAAUCUACCUCAAUUGCAACUUAUUCUUACGUUUAGAAAUUUAAUUGUUAGGUUAGUGAGGAAGACGUUUCUUUUUUCUUUAUGAGAAAUACACGCAAUAUAGGGCUGGUUAGCAUUCAACAUAUUUUUGUGUUUAUGUUUAAAUUUAGUGUGUGCUGAUUCAAAAUUGUAAUACAAUAAGUAUAUAUUGAUAUCAUUUCGCUUUGUUUAUAUUAAAUAAGAAUAGCUGUUGUUUUAUAUUUGAUAAAAAGUACAAUACCAAAUCUCAUUCAGGAGAAAUGAGGGAUAAAAAAAAAAUCAUUAACAAAUUCGAAAUUAAAAAAAAAAUAAGAAAAUAUGGCAUUCUCAUUACAUUUAAAUAUUCAUCGCAUUGUGUAGAAUAUUAUUAUUUGUAGAUAGAAAUAUGGAUAAAAAUGUUAGAAAAAAAUAUCUUAUUGUUACAUAUCGGUUCUAAGCCUACAUAUAUUUGAUAUAGCUAUUUUAAUAUCGAUCUUUAACACUAACACCAGUCUUAAGCCUUUCAGCUAGUCAUACAUACAAAUACUACAUUCUAUAAUAGUUUAAAGCAGGUAUUUUUCAUGUAAAUUUUUAAAUAUAUUUAUUUAGAAACAGCAGAGGAGUAACCAACGUGUUGGUAAGUAUUUCUGGGUUUCUAAACAUACUAUGAAAAAUUGGUAUAUGAUUUAUGAACCUUAUAAAUAGAUUAAAAAAUGUUAUGUACUAAUACAUAUCAGUUAUAUUCAUUCGCUUUCCUGUUUCAAAUGGUUAGGUAGAAAGUUUCUGUUAUUAUUUAUUUAAAGAGCUGAAUUUUUAAAACGAAUGUACUAAGUAUCCACUAUUUUGUUUUGUAGCACUGAAAGUGUUCAAUAUUCCCUUAUUAUUGGAGUUUUUAUGCAUAAUUAUUGUAAUUGUUAAAUUUUUAUUACCCAGUUUUUAUUUUUAUUUUUUUUAUAUAAUAUAACAUCUAAUGAGUGUGACUCGUAUUUAUAUUUUUUUAUAAUUGUGAACAUUAUGUGUAAAGCCAAAUAAUUACAUAAUUUUAUUCGUGUUUACAACUAAGAGUUCGAAUAUUUUUUUUAUUUAUAUGUAACUUUAAAUACGUAAGUUUUGGUUAACAUCAACGAAUAUUAUAUACUACGAGUAAUGAUUAAAAUAUAAAUAAAUAAAAAAUCCGAAAUCAUGAGGGCGAAAGCGUUAAUGUUUAUUUUUAUUAUGUUUUAUACAUAUUUGAUAUGUGUUCGAAUUGAUAAAUAUUCGCUUAUAAUGUUGAUUUAAUUAAUUUGAAAUUUUUUACUCGUAGUUCAAGGACAUUGAUCCGUAGGUAUAUACGUAAAAUGGUACAUAAAAUAGGGGCCUUAAAAUGUUUAAAUAAUAAAUAAAUUGUUGAAAUUAAAACAAAAAAAAUAUAUUUUUGAAAAUUCUACAAUAUUAUAAUAGAAGGAAAAUUCUACAAUAUUAUAAUAGAAGUGAUCUAUUUUUGUUACGCUUUUUUUUAUAGAAGUGAGGCAUUUUAUAUUGGAUGUUAGAAUUUUAUGUAAUUCUAAAUAUUUUUAACGAUCCUUUUAUAGAAUGAAAUAAAACGAUGGAUUAUUAUCAUUAUUUCAAUUUGAAUAUUGUGAAACCUGUUUUUUGUUUAAUUCAUGUAAAACAGUUUGUAACUUGAUAAUACUGAAUGCCUGUCCACAAGAAUGUACUCAUUGAUAACUUGAAGUUUAUUCAAGUUUUUUUCUUUUAUUUGAGAACCGGGAAAAUUUUUGGAUGCCGUUAUUUUAUAAAUUUUAAUUAUCUAUGAAUUCUAUGAAGGGCCAAAGAUGAAUGACUUUUUUCUGUGUUUUUUUUUUUUACAAUACUUAUUGUUGUAUUUUUUAACACUGCCAAAUCACUUCUUGUGGACACGCAAAAUUUAUUUUUAAAUAUUCUAUUUACACGAUAAAAUAGCUGAUCAAUGAAUAAAUAUUGUACCUGGUUUAUAAUAAAAAUACUGUAAUGUUUUCAUUGUAAUAAAUAUUUUGGACAUCAU